CCUCUGCUGCUCUGCUGUUCCUUACUGGGUCACCCUUUACCUGUGUUUAAGAAUGACGACUCCAGGGAUGCCGAAAGGCAGUUGUCUGACACUGGUGCUCAUGGUUGCCUCUGCAGCCAUCGGAGGAACUCUUCAGUAUGGCUACAACCUGGCCAUAAUGAACGCUCCAACGACUUUUAUCCAAACCUUCAUCAAUGAGACGUUCCUGCAGCGCUCGGACAUCCAGCUGGAGGACUACCAGGUGACGCUGGUGUGGACAAUCAUUGUCUCCAUCUUUUCGUUGGGGGGCUUAGCCGGAGCAAUCCUAGCGGGACCAAUGACCAUUCGCUUUGGGAGAAAGAAUUGUCUGCUGCUGAACAACGUUUUCCUCAUGAGCGGCGCACUCUUAGCCCUCACAAGCCGAGCUGCCGGGUCAUUCGAGAUGAUCAUACUGUCACGUUUCCUGAUUGGAAUAAACGCUGGAAUCAGCAUGAAUGUACAACCCAUGUAUUUUGGAGAAAGUGCACCAAAGCACUUGAGGGGAGCCGUCUCUCAGUCAUCAGCUGUUUUCACAGCGUUCGGUGUUGUCCUGGGACAGGUGGUCGGUCUCAGGGAGAUUUUGGGGUGUGAGUCAUGCUGGCAGUAUCUCCUAGCUAGUAAUGCUAUUCCUGGCUUCAUCCAGCUUCUGACCCUGCCGUGGUUUCCAGAGAGUCCCAGGUAUCUGCUUAUCGACAGAGGGGACAAAGAGGCUUGUAUUGAUGCUCUGCAGCGUCUUAGAGGCUGUGAGGUCCAGAGCAGUGAGCUCGAUGAGAUCCUGCAGGAACAGGCAGAAACCAAAGGCAUGAGACCGCAGCAGCCGUGGGAGCUUUUCACUGAUCGCUCUGUGCGCUGGCAGCUCAUCUCUGUCAUCAUCAUCAGCAGUGCCAUGCAGCUCUGUGGAAACGAUUGUAUUUACUUCUAUGCAUCAUAUGUGUUUAAAGAGGCCGGCAUAUCUGAUGAUCAAAUUCAGUAUGUCACAAUUGGCACUGGGACCUGUGAGUUCACAGCAUGCAUUAUGUGUAAUCUGCUGGUUGAACGCAAAGGUCGGAGGUUCAUGUUGACAGGCGGCUUCCUCCUCAUGACCCUCUGGGCUAUUGUCUUCACCAUCGCUCUGUCGUUUGAGCGGUAUGUAUCCUGGAUGCCUUACCUGAGCAUGGCCUGCAUCUUCACCUACAUUCUCAGCUUUGGGAUGGGACCGGCUGGAGUAACCGGCGUUCUUCCCACUGAGAUUUUCAAUCAGACAGCUCGGCCAGCCGCCUACACAAUCGCUGGCUCCAUGAUGUGGCUCAACCUGUUUAUCGUUGGGAUGAUCUUCCCAUUUCUGGUGAGUGGACUUAGUGAAUACUGCUUUGUGCCUUUCGCAGCCAUCUGCCUGUCGUCUGCUCUGUACAUCGGCCUGUUUCUGCCGGAGACAAAGGGAAAGUCUCUGUCGCUCAUCACAAGUGAAUUCCACAAGAUGAACUUCAAAGGCCAAAAUGACAAAAGUUUGGGAUUACAGACUCAUUAUAAGCUAGGCGAAGCGUGUCUUGCCACUGCCUUAUAGGCAGACAUUUCAGUGCUGCAACAAGUAAUCCACUGUGGGCUUCAUUUUUGUUAUAAGUGAAAAAUCAAGCUACAGGUGAAUCACCUGGAUUACUUCACCAGGAGGGUGUUUCUGCUUCACCAACCAAACGUUGAAAGUUGAAAAAGCUAUCCUAAACACAGGAAACUGAGUCUCGUUAUGUGAAUAGACACAACUGACCACAGUGUCACUUGAUGAGAAAGAAAAUCCCACAUUUUUCAUUUCAGGUUUUUUAGAGCACACCAUUUCAUCUUAAAAUGUCAAACUGGUGAAUUUUAAUUUGAUGUUUUAGUGUUUUUUAAGAUAAGAAAAACAUGUUUCAAUUGUCUUUGAUGCAGGGCUUUAAAAAAACAAGUAUUUUCUGUUUAUAAUAAGAAUGUUAUAAAACCAUGUUUCUAAAUUACUAUGUCUAUUUGAUCCAUGAUGUUGGAGUUAUAUCGAACUUGUAAAUAUGUACCUAUUAUGUAACUAUUGCUGAUCUGAGCCGUGGACUGUCUUGUCUUGACCUCUUUAAUGAAAAAACGUGUUAGUAUGUAGUAUUUAGACAAAUACGUGAGACAGGCUGUGCCUUCUAAAAGUAUUCAUGUUCCUUUAACGUUUUCACUUUUUUUCCAUGCUACAACAACAAACUUCAAAUUCAACUUCAGUUCAAGUUAUUGAGAUUUUAUUUG